AUGUCUUUGGAGGCGUACGUCUGUGGUGCCUACGAACUUAUGAAAAGGUCCAUCACUAGGUUUCCUCUAGCUCCUCCAGAUUGCCAGAUUGAGCGCACUAUUGUAUGUGAAAUCUCUGUGUCUGAGUCACUGUUUAUCACAGGAGGAAUAAAACCUGAAAAGCGUGCCACAAUUUUGUUACUCCCUCGAGUCAUUUGCUUGGGUCCUGUGUUUGCACUGUUUGUACCAUUUUAUUCCUCCAUUCCAAGAGUGCAGGUGAGACAAGUAUUAGGCCACUUUUCUAUCACAAACAAGACAUUGGUCUAUAUACUGGGUUUACAGCUCUUAACCUCUGGUUCCUACAUCUGGAUUUUAGCCUUAAGUGGAUUGGUUUCUGGGAUUUGCUACAAUAGCAGUAUAUUAAAAGUUCAUCAAGUUCUUUGUGUGCCCAGCUGGGUAGCAAAGAUAUUUUCUUGGACUCUUGAACCAAUCUUCUCAUCUGCGGAACCAAGGAAUGAAGUUCGAGUGGGAAUGGGAGCAACAGUUGACAUCCAGAGGCAGCAGAGAAUGGAGUUACUGGAUCGUCAAAUCAUGAUGUCUCAGGUUGCCCAAAUGAGGCGGCAAAGGCAGCAGCAGGGUGGGAUGAUUAACUGGAAUAGACUGUUUCCUCCCUUACGUCAUAGACAUAAUGCGAAUUAUCAAGAUCAUCGCCCGCCUGAACAAGACACACCUCCACCUACUGAGGUUUCUGAAGAGCAGGUUGCACGACUUAUGGAAAUGGGAUUUUCCAGGGGAGAUGCUCUAGAAGCUCUGAGGGCUUCAAACAAUGACUUAAAUGUAGCCACUAAUUUUCUACUGCAGCACUGAUGGUUUUCUGUGUGAAGGAACUUCCCUUGAUGGGUUUGUACACGUCUGAAAGAGGAUCAAAGCCACCUGCUGGACAGACUCAUGAAGGUCAUGCCCCCAAGAGCGUCAGAAAGGAGAAACUGGCUCCGCGUGACUGGUGAUUCAAAGUGAUGUUAAUGAAUGAUGUGAACUGUUCCCAAGCCUUCAGAUCACUCGGUGGUUUCUAGUCUGGUUAUCCUUUUCAAAGUAACUUUAGUUUCUACUUAUUACUGGAUAUCACCUAAAUUUAUUUUUAAAAUAAAGUACAAUUUUUUCUUUAAAUCCUUGUUAGACAUGUUAGACAGACUUAAUGACUAGGAAAAGGAGCUCCAACAACCACAAUGACUAGAUUUACCUAUCAAGAAAAUGCAUAUUUUCUUCACUUACCAGUCUAAUUUCUCUAGCUUACAUGUUAUUUUACAGUACUUGAUUUUUUUAUUACAGUAAUAAGAGGUUUGAAGAUCACUUCAUUUUCAGCUCAGUAAAGGGUUAUGGGACUACUAUGUCCUUCUUCAGAAAGUUUUAUUAAUGCCUGUAAUGUUUUCUCUCUUGAAUUCCUUUUUGAAUAAAAGUUGUCAUUCAGCACAUCAUA